AUGGCCGCCUCGCCAGCCGGCAAGCGCGACGCGUGCGAAGCCGUGCGUGACGUUAGUGAGAAGUGGGGGGACCCGCUGGAAGCCUUGCUGGCCACGCUCGGCCCCUUCGGCCUGUACCAGCGCUAUGUGGUGGUGCUACUGCUCAUCCCCAACCUACUGGCGCCGAUGUACACCUUCAAUUAUGUGUUUGUUGCUGAUCGCGUGCCUUUCAGAUGUGUUGUCCCGGAAUGCGAGUGGGGCCAGCCACAAUUCAACAACUCUACAGUGGAGCAACUACUACCGACAGACGAGUGCCGCCGCUACGCCCCCCUGGAGCCCGACCUGCUGACGUGCGACGCGCAGGACUUCCAUCCCAAUGAUACUGUACCGUGCGACCGCUUUGUGUAUGAAAACCAUGACACUAUCUAUGCUGAGUUCGGGUUAGCAUGCCGCGAGUGGCGACGCACGCUGGUGGGCACAGUGCGGAAUGCGGCGCUGCCGGUGGCGCUCAUAUUGACUGGCUAUACCUCAGACAAAUGGGGUCGUCGCACAGCUUUCUGCAUAUUCGCAGCAUUCGCAGGCGUGCUCGGCGUGGCCAAGUCUUUUGCUAACUCAUACAAUGUCUACAUCACGCUUGAGUUCUUUGAAGCUGCCCUCGGCUAUGGCUUUAAUAGCGCUGCGUAUGUUAUGAUGGUAGAGUUAGCCCGUCCGUCUCUACGCGCUGCGUUCGCCUGCGCGACCGGAGUGGCGUACGGUCUGGGCGGCGUGCUGUUCGCCGUGAUCGCGAGGUACCUGCCCAACUGGCGCGACCUGCUCCGGGCCAUACAUACGCCCGCACUGCUCCUGCCCCUCUACUGGCUGAUCCUGGACGAGAGUGUGCGCUGGCUGCACGCAACACAGCAGACAGAUAAGGCUAAAGCUGUCGUAAAAAAGGCCGCUAGGUGGAAUACGGUAGUUUUGGACGAAACAUCACUAAACAAUGCUCUAGAAUCAAACACUGCUCAAAAUGAAGGCCCUAAAGAAAAUCCCUGGUUAAGUCUUUUGAAGUCUCGAGUGCUAAUGGUGCGGUUUCUUGCCUGCUGCUUCUGCUGGGUCGCCGCCGCCUUCGUGUACUACGGCCUGACGAUUAAUUCAGUAGCACUCUCUGGAGACAAAUAUACAAACUUUGCCCUUAACAUGGUGAUGGACAUCGUCGCGUCGCUCCUCAUUAUGAUGGCGUUGGAACGCAUCGGUCGAAGAAUCAGCAUUUGUGUAGCCUUUGUUCUCUGUGGUAUCUCUUCUCUGAUACCCAUUCUGACAUCAAACGCAACCACGAACCAAUCAGUGUACUUCAUGGGCAAGCUGUCCAUCACGUUCGCGUUCAACUCGCUGUACGUGUUCACGGCAGAGCUGUUCCCCACGUCAGUGCGUAGCUCUGCGCUUGCGGCGACAUCGCUCGUCGGCCGCCUGGGGUCCAUCCUCGCGCCGCAGACGCCGCUACUGAAACCCACAAUACAAACCCUGCUGUACACCGGGUGCUCGCUGCUAGCGGCCGCCGCGGUGGUGCUGGUGCCGGAGACUCGUCGCGCGCCGUUGCCGCAACACGUGCGGCAAGCGGAGCGCCUGCGCAAACUAGCAACGCCGCGCGCCUCCACCACGAACCCGCCGCCGCCACCGGUGCCCUCUUUUACUAGGAUAUCUCAUUCUAGCUGAUUUUGAAUAUUAUACUCAAUGUGUUAUGUUGACAAAUGUUAAGAAAAAUUAUUGAUUUACUAGAACUAAAGAGAUUUUAAUGAGUCUGCGUAAAAAUGUGUCCAAAAUUGGCUGUUAAUAUUGCGUAGUCUCGGAUGGCAUCUAUUGCCUCAUCGAACUGGGAGAUAGUACAAUAAGUUAUUCUCCUAUUUAGGUAAUAUUUUGAUGCCAAGCAAUUUACAUUAUAUUCAUAGUUAUAUAUAGGCAAUAGUGGGGUAAUAGGUAGGUAUAGAAAGAUUGUAUAUAGAAGCAUUUCUUAUGAAAAUCUGUAAAUAAUGUACUUAAAUAUUACGUUAUAUACAUUAAAAAUAAUAUUAUUGUGUAAAUUUAGUUAAAGGAAACAAUUGAAAUUAUAUAAACUUGUAAAAAAUAAAUAAUGUAAAAGAUUUGUAUACUGUAGAGCGUAGACCAUAAUGUAUAAACAAGUAGGUAGGUAAGAUUUUUUUUUAAGUAACUUAUUUGUUAACUACGAAUUUAUUUUCAAUAAUAAUUGCAAUAUUCGUCUCCUUUUAUUACUUGUAUGUAUUUUAUAAAAUGCAAAUAAGUGACAAAGUAACACUUUAUGUUUAAAAUAGGAUUAGUUUAAAUAUUUUUGUAACAGAUUCAGUUGCACAGUGUGAAAUAUCAACAACGUUAUCUAAAAUUCUCUUAUCAGUAUAACAUAAUAUUACACUAGGUAGAUAGUUAUCAACUACAUCGAGUGCUUCUAAUGUUAUUAUGUUAUACCUAAUUUUCCGUUACCAUAAUUUCAGCUAAAAACAGAUUAUUAAAUUAUAAACUACAAUAAUAAAUUUUAUUGUUCUUCAUGAUAACUGCAAAAUCGGUAUCUCAUGAAGUGUUUAAUUAUUUAUUAGAAAAAUAACUAACUCGAUUG